CUAAAGGAGAGCGUUACUUUUUUUUUUAUAAGCUUUAUUGCUCUGUAAGAAUUUUGUUCCCUUUUUAGACUUUCUUAAGCUUUCAGCAUCCACCACCCUGCUGAAAGUUCAAAGCUCAUCAGAUAAAGCGCCACAGCGGCUCGGAUUCCAUAAACAUCCGAGAUGCCUUCAUUUUCUGCGGCGCUGGCUGAAGGAUAAAGGCUCCAAUUCAUCAAGUGAAAGUCGCGGCGCAUUCUUUUUUUUUUUGUGCAGAUGUCAGGACAAGCCUGCGACAAAGGUUUGACAUCAGAGUCAUUUGUCAAAUGGACGUGUUUUAACCCAGUGCGUGGGUCUUUUCAAGCAACGAUGAACAGAGAUUAAUAAAGUAGCCGCCUGAUGCUCCAGCCUGCGUGUUCUAGUGAGCGGAUUGAGACACUGGCAGUCAAAACGACACGAACGUGUGGGAGUGCGUGUGCAGCAGUUAUUUUUAACAUCAGAGAGGCGAGGGCACACCAUCAUUAUAGCCUACUUAUGGACGCCCCCAAUAGUGUCAUUUGAGCGCAAGUAGGAUACAUAAUAAGUGCACGUUCUGUGCUUUUUUGAUGUAAAAGUGUGUAUUAUGGGUUAUUUAAAUCAUGCGUCAUAGCCUACAUUAAAAAGACCAUACACCGACACUAAUGUUUUUGCACUCCCAAAGCAGCUGCCUGUUGUCCUUUCAGCUCCAGUGAAGCACAAACCGCUGAGUCCUUUAUGGCAUGUUGCGGUUGAAAGGCUAUUAAAAUGUACACAUAAGUGUUAUUUUAGGCUACAUCAUGCGUAGCGGAUCGGGAGAAUCGGAGUACACCGACAGUAAUUCCAAAGCGCCCUUAAAUGACGAGACCACGUGACCAAAGCGGGGCGGUCGAACUACAAGCCAUUUUAGGGACGGUGUUAGUUUCACCAGAGCACACACACACUACUGCAUUUUUCACCCGGGGUGAAGCGGUUAUUUUGGAGGCAAAGUUAUCGGCACCGAAGUGCGAGCCUUCCAGAGCCGAACCCGGAGCACUCGGCUCCCUCGAAGCCGCGGAUCGGAUACGCUCACGACGCGCAGGGCGGCGAGGAGAAGAGGAGUUUUAUUCGCACAUCUGAAAUGCGCUCCGGUCCGCCGUGCGCUCUCCGCCACUGACAGCGUCUGCAGCCUGCUUCAAGAUGGCGGCUCGGCUCCUAUUCAUUUUCUGCUGAUCGCCUCCCAACUUUCAUUGUCUGCUCGCCUCAAGACCCACCGAUUCCCUGUUCAGCCUCCAGGAUUGUUGUCCCCCCUCUCUCAACAUGCAUCGGACGACCAGGAUAAAGAUUACCGAGCUCAAUCCUCAUCUCAUGUGCGUCCUGUGCGGAGGAUAUUUCAUAGACGCAACGACCAUCAUUGAAUGCCUUCACUCAUUUUGCAAAAUGUGCAUUGUGCGCUAUCUGGAAGCCAGCAAAUACUGUCCCAUCUGUGACGUACAAGUGCAUAAAACGAAGCCUCUGCUCAACAUUAGGUCUGACAAAACUCUACAGGACAUUGUGUACAAGCUGGUCCCCGGCCUCUUCAAAAAUGAAAUGAAGAGGAGGAGAGACUUUUAUGCGGAGCAUCCCGUAGAUGCCUCUAAUGGAUCCAAUGAGGACCGUGGAGAGGUGGCAGACGAGGACAAGAGGAUUAUUACAGAUGAUGAGAUCAUCAGCCUCUCUAUUGAGUUCUUUGAUCACUGCAGACUGGGAGGUUCACUGGAGGACAAGCAGUCUAAAGAUCAAAAUAUGGUGGCUAACAAAAGGUACCUGCAGUGUCCAGCAGCCAUGACAGUCAUGCAUCUGAGGAAGUUUCUGCGCAGCAAAAUGGACAUCCCGAAUGCCUACCAGGUUGAAGUCAUGUAUGAAGACGAACCUCUGAAAGAUUACUACACUUUAAUGGAUAUCGCAUAUAUCUACACUUGGAGAAGAAACGGCCCGUUGCCGCUGAAGUACAGAGUCCGACCCAACUGCAAGAAAAUGAAGGUGAGCCACGCGCAGCAGGAAGGCCAGAACAGCGCGAGCAGAUCCGGUCCCGAGAGCGAUUCUGCCAGCGACAAAGCUGGAAGUCCCGCCGGGGCUCCGUCCACGUCCUCGUCGCUGCCGAGCCCCGGCACGCCUGCGCAGUCCCCGCACCCCCAGCUCCCGCACGGCCCCAUUAAAGUCAACGGGACCCCGGCUGCCGCCGCCCCUCCUCCUCCGACACCCAGUCGGUCCUUCACUCAGUUCGGCAGCGGUAGCGGCGGCAGCAAGGCCCGGAAUGUUUCGCUGAACGGCUCGUCGACCUCCUCCGGAUGACGCGGGACUCCGGACCCGACCAGUCAACGCCAGACACCCGCUCAGCUAAUAGGCCUACUGUUUUCAUGCCAACAUAGUUCCAUUGUGUAGACAAUGUUAUCUCUUUUUCUCUCUCUCUCUCCAUUUGUUGUUCUAAAUAUUAUGGCAUCACAUGUAAGUUUAAACGUAGUGGAAUCAGAUACAUUUCAAAAUAAGAGGAAUGAGCAAGUCGGGGAGGAUGGGAAUGUUUUUAAUAGCCUAUGAAAGCAGAUGUUGAUGAUGACAAAAAAAAAA